CAUGGAAGCCCUUGCUGCACGGCCUUAAUAUUUACGCCACACUGUCUGGUCCGUUUCUCCUGCACGAUGAAUCUGGUGUGAAAUAUAUGGGAGAUGUUACAACAAAACUCUGGGAAAUUGAACUGCUCCAUAACAGAUGAAAAUGAUAAUGGAGCAUGGAUCAAGAGCUGCCACCAUCACUAUCACCAACACUACCACCACCAUGGCACUAUCAUCACUGCCACUACCACAGCACUACCACCUAUAGCAAGAUACUGUCAUGUCACAUCUCAAGACCAAGUGUAACUAAGUACAAGUUCACAAUGUCAAGCAGAGAUAAAAAGUUCUCCUGUGAGGAAUGUGGGCAAUGUUUCUCCGAGAAGAGUACUCUCAAGGCACUCAUUGUUGUACACAAUGGUGUAAAGGAGUUUGAAUAUGAGGAAUGUGAGAAAUGUUUCUCCCAGAAGGGUCAUCUGAAGUCACACAUUCUUGUACACAAUGGUGUAAAUGAGUUUGAAUGUGAGGAAUGUGAGAACUGUUUCUCCCAGAAGGGUCAUCUCAA